AUCAGCUGUGUCCAAUCACAGCUGAUCACAUGGGACAUGUACACUGAUCAUCAGAGCACUGAUGAUCAGUGUAGCCCCAGCAGUGCCACCUGUCAGUGUCCAUCAGUGCCAGCUGUCAGUGCUCAUCAGUGCCACGUGCCAGUGCCCAUCAGUGCCACAUCAAUGCAACAUAUCAGUGCCUACCAGUGUACAUCAAUGCCACAUAUCAGUGCCCAUCUGAGCUGCCUUUCAGUGCCACCCAUCAGUGCCAGUCAGUUCCACCUAUCAAUGCCAAUCAGUGCCACCUAUCAGUGCCGCCUAUCAGUGCCAAUCAGUGCCGCC